CGCACAGCUUCAGUAUCUUAUAAUCACGAGUUACGUACACAAUGGCUUCUCUAAGUUGCACUGUAACAAUAUUAGUUACAAUUAUUACGUUUACGUGCGUAGCAGCGAGAGAAUUUUACGACAGCAAACACGAUCUCUUGGAUAUCCGUAAUGUAUUGGAGAACAAAGAGGAACGAACGGAUUAUUACAAUUGUUUUAUAGAGGCAGCUCCUUGCAAAACUGAUGCUUCCAAGUUUUUCAAAGAAAUAUUUCCUGAAGCUCUUACGACUCAAUGCAAAAAAUGUACACCGAAACAGAGCGAAAUUAUGAGAACAACAAUCGAGUGGUACUUAGAGCAUGAGCCUUUAAACUGGGCUCAUCUCGUUGCAAAAAUCAUAGAAAAUUUAAGAAAGAAAAAUACCAACACUAAUCAAUAAUUAUGCGUACUAAAAAGCAGAUAAUAUUGUUUGUUCCAGAAACACAAUGCAAAACAAUAAUUGUGGUAAAAUUAUUGCAUUCUAAUAAGAGAAAAAAUAUCCAGAAUAAUAUAUGUGAUGUAUCUAUUUCUUUAAUCAGUGUUUGUAUUGUAAAAUUAUUAAUUAAAUUUAUACAAUUUGUUAAAGUAAUAAAAUUUAUAUGCAUAUA